ACGGUAUUGCCGUUGUACGCAAUUUAUAUAUAUCGGUUUGAAAAAGUAAAACAUCAGCUGAGAGUAGUUAUCGAUAAAUGCUUUCUCUUGUUUUGUUUUGUUUUCAUUUGAUGCAAAGCGUAUACUACCGCUAGUCGAGUUCUACACAAAAACAGUGAAGAGACAGAAAAGCGAAGCAAAUACACGACGAAAACCGAGCAAACUUUAUUGUGAAUGGUUAGCAGCUUGAAUCGUAUAUCCUCUGCGUCACCAAGAACAGUCAUGACAAGCGAAGAGGGAACCAGCGGUAGACCGAUGGAACGGUUUCGGUUUACUGACGAACGUCACCUUAUGCUCGUGGAGGCUUUCAGUCGCGAACCUUAUUUGUGGAGCCGCGGCUCUAGUCGCUAUGUUUGGGGUGCUCGCAGUGCUGCCUGCAAGCGAAUUCAAAAUAUUAUGAACGGCACAUUGCAGCGUAAUGAGACUCCUGUUAGUUUAGAAGGUGUUAAGAUGAAGAUCGGAAACUUGCGUACUGUAUAUCGUCGGGAGCUGAGGAAGAUUAAAGAGAAUCCUUCUUAUUAUCCCAACAGUUGUUGGUUUGAGCCAUUGAACAAAAUCUUAGCCCCUUUACUUGAUAAGAAUUCUGAUGAUGACGAAGUGAUGGUUUCCACCAAUCCAUUUCGGGAAGAGAAAGCUGAUGAGCACCAGCAGUUGAUUUCUCCCAUACCAUUAAAACGACUUCAGAGAUCUGAUGAUAACGAUCAGUUGAUUUCCGCGUCAUCCCAAAAACAGACUAAAGCUGAAGUUUCAGAAACAUUUAUGGAAGAGACAGAUGAUGAUGACGUUCAGUUGAUUUCACCUGUAGAUCCAACACAAUUUAUGGUUGAAAUACCGGCAACAUAUGUAGAAGAGGUUAAAGUACCCCGAUUAAAGUGGAUUAGGGUGAUGCCGAGCGAAGUCGAGGAAAGUACUGAAAUCAAGAUCGAGCAUGAUGCUGAUGUUGAUCAACCGGAGCCUUCUACUUCAACUUCUCCACAACUGUCUGUGAUAACGUCACCGCCACGAUCUCCUUCAUUAAACCUACCUAAAAUUGUGAACGCCUCUUCGCUGCAAACAGCUUUGCGAAACAGAGAAGAGGAUGAGUUUACGUUUUUCGGAAUGAGUGUUGCGGCCCAAUUGCGCAAAAUGCCUCUAUCGAGUGCAAUGAUCAUGCAAUCAAAAAUUCAGCAUAUGAUAUCAAUGGAACGACGGAAGAUCAAUGGCGAUACAAGCGAAGUGAAUUUAUUUUUUCAAACGGAAUUACAAGGUAUAUUUUAAAUUGUAAAUUGUCAUAAGAUUCUUAAUACGUUAUUACUUUUCAAUGUUUAUCAAGGAGCCUUAUAGAACUAUACGUUUGCAUGUGGUAGUUUCCAAAAUGCUGUGAAAUUAAGUUAUUAUGACAAUAAUAGGUAUUAAUGUAUGUAUCUGGAAAUAGUUUGUUAAAUCUUUGUUAUAAAUCGGUACACUAGUUCAAAAAUUGAAAAAAUUUAAUUAAAACUAACUGAACCAAUUAAAAGUAAU